AUGCGUUCUGUAGUCAGUGAUGAACUAAUAGACUCUGUCAGGCUGGUGAAUGGGACCAGUCUGUGCUCAGGCAGACUGGAGCUGAAGUCUGACCAGUCUAACCAGAGCUGGUCCUCAGUGUGUGAAGCUGACUUUGACCAGCAGGAUGCAGAGGUGGUCUGCAGGGAGCUUGGCUGUGGGGCUCCUUCAGUCCUCCAGGGGGCGCUCUAUGGAGAAGGGGAGGCUCCAAUGUGGACCAAAGAGUUCCAGUGUGGAGGAAAUGAGUCUGCUCUCCUGGACUGUAGAAGCUCAGGCUCAGAUAGAAACACCUGCUCACCUGGCAGAGCUGUUGGACUCACCUGCUCAGAGCCUGUCAGGUUGGUGGGAGGAGACAGUCGCUGUGCAGGAAAACUGGAGCUGAAACAUGAAGGAGAAUGGAGACCAGUGGGUGGUGGUCGUUACUCUGACUGGACCCUGAAGAUAGCAGCAGCUGCCUGCAGAGACUUAGACUGUGGUUCUGCUGUUUCUGUAGAACGGAGAAAGGAGUCCUCAGUCAGAUCUGUGUGGUUGAUCAGCUCUUACUGUGUCCAGUCUGGAUCUGCUCUGAGGGACUGUGCAUCUUCAGAUUCCUCUCGGUCUAUCCUGGAUCUCACCUGUUCAGACUCUGUCAGGCUGGUGAAUGGGACCAGUCUGUGCUCAGGCAGACUGGAGCUGAAGUCUGACCAGUCUAACCAGAGCUGGUCCUCAGUGUGUGAAGCUGACUUUGACCAGCAGGAUGCAGAGGUGGUCUGCAGGGAGCUUGGCUGUGGGGCUCCUUCAGUCCUCCAGGGGGCGCUCUAUGGAGAAGGGGAGGCUCCAAUGUGGACCAAAGAGUUCCAGUGUGGAGGAAAUGAGUCUGCUCUCCUGGACUGUAGAAGCUCAGGCUCAGAUAGAAACACCUGCUCACCUGGCAGAGCUGUUGGACUCACCUGCUCAGAGCCUGUCAGGUUGGUGGGAGGAGACAGUCGCUGUGCAGGAACACUGGAGCUGAUACAAGGAGGAGAAUGGAGACCAGUGGUUGAUCGUUACCCUGGUAAGCCUGUCAGUGACAUCAUCUAUGACAUCAUGAAUGACAGAAAUGUUUCCAACCUGCUGCUUCAGCCCAACAUCUCCUGGUCCUCCUCCAUGGACGGGGUCUCUGAGGCCCAGCAGCAGCAGCAUCAGGAGGAGUUUCAGGUUUUCAGAGGCUCCACCUUCACCAUCAGCUGCUCCAUCCAGCCUCAGUACCCAGGAGGCUCCUUCCAGCUCUCCUUCACCUCCUCCACCUCAGCAAUCAACUACACCCAGCCAGCUAGCCCGCCCACCAAGGAAACUACAGCUGUGUUUAUCACGUCCAUGUUUUCUCUCAUAGCUUCUCCUCUGAGAGCCGUCAGCUCUUUGUCUCUGUUCAGCCCUGAGCUCCUAACUCGCCAUUUUCAAGAGGCGUUCCUCCAGCGGACAGAAGCCAGAAGAUCCGUCACUCAGAGCUCAGAGAACCAGAGUUAUCCUGAUCCACCAGAUCCACCAGAUCCGAGACCUUUUAUCAUCAGAGCGGUCGUCCUGCCGCUGAUUCUGCUGGUGGCGAACAUUGCCUCUUACUUCUAUUUUAAGACCCACAGGGUCUACAGGGUCUACAGGGUGCAGAAGCCCCGCAGACGGGAGGACGUGGAGCUGGAUUAUUAUAACCUGGGUGUUCCUGCAGCUGAAGGAGGGCCGACUGAAGAAUAA